AUGUCCAACCAGCAAAGCAGACUGACUCGCAAACGCGUUGCACGUUCCCCUACAGGCGAUGACCGAACAUUGAACAAGCGGACACGGAGGAACAGCAACGACGUCGAGCGAACAUCCAACUUCGAGUCAUCUCCUCCGCGUGGCCGCCCUCUCUUACGAGAUGACGACGAGAACAUGUUAGCGAGUCUAACUCAGGGUUCAGAGUCGUCACUGGAGCCCUCAGUGCAACUCUCCGAGGACGGACACCCCGAUGCAUAUGACGUGGACGGUGAAGAUGAUCCCAUCGUCGAAAACAACCGAGAUAGUCAAGUUUAUCUCAUCGCCAACAGCAACCAAGAUGGUGGAGAUGAUUUCCUGCUCGUCCUUAGCAACGACGGAGAUGGUGAGAAUAAUCCCCUUGACCUCGGCAGCGACCAGAUUGGCGAGAUUAAUCUCGCAAUCUACCAAGACGAGGAAACCCACGAGCACGGCGACGAUAAUCUCCCCAAUGAAAAGAGUGAAGAUGGUGGAAACAAAGCAGCCGAAUUACUCUCACGAAUUCACGAGGCCAUCGAGUACACCCGCUCGCGAAUGUCCCAAGGUCUGCCCUUAAUGCAGACGACCCGCUUCGAAAUGUGGCUCGAGACUGUCACCUACAAGCCAUCAGACACCGAAGUCUAUGCCUUUGAAGUCCUCGACGACAGCCCAGCCACAAUUAUAUUUGUACACCCCGACUACAUUGUCUACGAGCUCGGCAUUCCCCCUCCAGACCUUGUGGUUGCAGCAGUGGGUGUUGUACCACGACACACUGCGCAAUGGUGGGUCGGCAAGUCUGCAGCACAGGUUCGAGCUGGGCCAUGGGCAGAUGCGGUGGACUUGCGGAAAGCGGAAGCCAAGGUGAAAGGGAUGGAGACGAAGAGAAGGAAACAGAAGUCCGGAUAUAAGACGCUCAGGCAGGAGGAGAACGAUUCGAAGUUGAAAGAAGGGCUGAGGCGGCAAAUUGCUGGACUGGCAAUGUGUUCGGAUGAGCAAGAAGAAGAGGAAGAGGAAGAGAACCCAGAGGAAAAAAGAAAAGAGUCAAGUGGUCAGGAAGAUUGGGAAAAUGAAGAACAUGAAGAGGCGGAAUAUGAUCCAAAGCGUGAAAAGAAUCGUGAAGAUGGUGACGAUGAAGAUUGA